UACACUAUAUUAGAAAGUUUUAGCUGUAGAGUUGUAGAUGUAGAAAUAGAGAAAGAUGGCGUUGGAGGACCACGACGACCAAAUCCUCCCACGCUACUCCGAUCACCACCACACCUCCUCCGCCGCCUUCCUCGAUCACGACGCCGCCGCCUGGGAGAAGGAGAGAUGCAAGGCCGACAUCCUAAGCCACCCGCUGUACGAGCAGCUGCUGUCGGCGCACGUGGCGUGCCUCCGCAUCGCCACUCCCGUGGACCAGCUGCACAAGAUCGACGCCCAGCUGGCCGAGUCGCACCAGAUUGCCGCCAAGUACUCUCUUCUCCCGCCCCUUCACCACAAGGACCUCGACCCUUUCAUGACACAGUAUGUUCUGUUGCUAUCCUCAUUUAAAGAGCAACUUCAACAACAUGUCCGAGUCCAUGCCAUGGAAGCAGUCAUGGCUUGUUGGGAGAUUGAGCAGGCAUUGCAAAGCUUGACAGGGGUAGCACCGGGUGAAGGAACGGGAGCAACCAUGUCUGAUGAUGAGGAGGAGGAGGAGCAUGCGGACAGCGAGAUAAACUUGUUCGACGAGAGCAUGGAUGGAUCGGACAGUAUGGGAUUCGGCCCUCUUGUCCCCACUGAAAGUGAGAGAUCUCUGAUGGAACGCGUGAAACAAGAGCUCAAACACGAGCUCAAACAGGGUUAUAAGGAGAAGAUCUUUGAUAUCAGAGAAGAAAUAUUGAGAAAGCGAAGAGCAGGAAAGCUGCCCGGUGACACUACAUCCAUGUUGAAAGCUUGGUGGCAAUCACAUUCAAAAUGGCCAUAUCCAACAGAGGAAGACAAGGCAAGACUAGUACAGGAAACAGGCUUACAGCUGAAACAAAUAAAUAAUUGGUUUAUCAACCAAAGGAAAAGGAAUUGGCACAGCAAUCCUUCUACAUCUUCUUCUCCAAAAAGCAAGCGCAAGAAUUCUGCAGGUGACAAAACCAACUAAAUGACCAGAUUUUGAUCAUUUAAACAUACUACUAUAUGAAAGUUGGCUAUUGUAUAAAGUUGUGAUUUUGAAGCCUUGCUUAGAUAGUUGUAUAAUCACGACUUUUAGAAACUUUUCUUUGCUACAGUUUUAAUUUUGAGUCUAUUUUAUUUCUUAGUCUAA